AUGGCGACCCGAGGCGGGGGCUUGCGGGGAGACGCUGGAAGACCGAAUAGGCGUCCCAGGAAGAGGCCGAGCCCGCGUUCAGAGCGGAGUGCCUGGUGGGGGAGCGGCGGUGCCUGGCGGGCGGCUCUGCCGGGUGCCGCCUUUCGUGAGAGCGGGCUGGGCCUGAGGGAAGAGGCUAAGCGCACCAAGAAGGUUGGGAUUGUGGGUAAAUAUGGUACCCGUUACGGUGCAUCCCUUAGGAAAAUGGUGAAGAAGAUCGAAAUUAGCCAGCAUGCCAAGUAUACCUGCUCCUUCUGUGGCAAGACCAAAAUGAAGAGGAAGGCUGUGGGUAUCUGGCACUGUGGAUCCUGCAUGAAAACAGUUGCUGGUGGUGCCUGGACUUACAAUACCACCUCUGCAGUGACAGUCAAAUCUGCAAUCAGAAGACUGAAGGAAUUGAAGGACCAGUAGAAGCUACAUCCUAUUCUCCUUGUGAAACAUCCUUUUUUUCCACUGUCAAGAUCUGCCAUUUUAACAAUAAAAAGGUGAUAAUGGAGUGGAA